AUGGACUCACUACAAAGACUAGAAUCAGGUGAGAGUUUGUUACCUCAAGAAAAGACACUUUGUGAGUAUCUUGAAUACGUAUGCAACUCAUUUGAUCAUCCAGUGGUCGCAAGACUUGCUGGAGGAUGGGUUCGAGAUAAAUUAAUCGAUAAGGAGUCAAAAGAUUAUGAUGUCACACUUGAAGGCUGUACAGGUGUUGAAUUUGCUAAUAACUUAUGCACAUAUUUAGAAUCUAAAUCCAUAGAACAUCGAGUAAUUCGAAAUCCAGAUCAAUCAAAGCAUCUCAGUUCUGCGAAAGUUUGCUUGUUUGGAGAAGUUUGGAUCGACUUUUCUUCAUUACGCUCUGAAAAAUAUAAAGAAGACUCAAGAAUUCCAAUUGUUGAAGAAGGAACUCCAUUACAAGAUGCCGAACGCAGAGAUUUCACAAUCAACACUCUUUAUUAUAACAUAUGCACUAAGAAAGUUGAAGAUUUCUUUAAUGGUUACCAAGAUUUACAAAAUAAAAUUUUGAGGACACCAAAAGAUUCUCUCGUCAGCUUCCAAGAAGAUCCAUUACGUAUCUUACGCGCUCUCAGAUUUGCUUCCAGAUUCAAUCUAACUUACGAAGAAUCAAUUCCAAACGCAAUUGAACAAUGUCGUGAUGUUUAUUUACAUAAAGUUACUCCGGAGCGUGCGGCAGCUGAAAUAUCACCAGCCUUGCUAGGUCCUGACCCAAUAAGAUACAUAAAAGACUCAAUGAAAUUUGGUUUCUUCCAAAUCAUGUUUAAUCGAUCAAAAGAGUUAGAGUUAGAUAACGAUGUUGUUAUUAAGCGUGUUACGUUUGCUUUAUCUCAUUUACAUAAAGAAUAUCAGCUCCAAUUAAUUUUAGGCGCCAUUUACUUCGACGAAUUCGGAAAAGGAAUGCUUCAAUCAAAGAAAUACGGGCGCAAGUGCGACCAGGUCGAAAAGAUCAUCUCCAGAGUUCUCCGAAUGACAGUUCAAAUUUGCGAUGGCGCCAGACAAUUAAUGAAUGGAGCAGAUCAAUUAUCAAAGAUAAAGAACUUGAACAACAUCGAAGUUGGCCGAGCAAUACGUCAAUCUGGCGAAUUAUGGAGAAUUUCAACCAGCCUCAUAUUUGAUGAAGAUACAUAUAAUUUUGUGGUUAAUGAUGUCACUCAGUAUGCUAAUGAACAUAAUUUGUCGAACGCUUACGAAAUUAAACCUUUAUUAAACGGAAAUGAGCUUUCGAAGAUCUACGGAGUGAAGGGAGCCGAUCUAAAACCAUUCCAGGAAAGUAUGAUAGAUUGGCAACUGGAACAUCCUCAAGGAACAAAAGAAGAUUGUCUCCAAUUUAUCGAAAGUUCCAAGAAAUAA